CAUUGUUUUUGCGUCAGUCAUGGUCACAUCCUUCUUACAGGUCAUACUUCAGUCAUUCCAACGUCUAGUGGAGGGCUCAUCAGAACCUGUAAAUCUCAGUGUUGUAAUUCUCUCGCUUUUGGGCCUCAAUAUCUUAGUCAAAUUUUUACUUUGGGCUUGGUGUAGAACCAUGAAGGACAGCUCGAGUGUUCAGGCCUUGGCGCAGGAUCAUCUAAACGAUGUAAUCUUUAACAUCUUCUCGACCUUUUUCCCAGUCGCAGGACAGUAUUUGGGGCUCUGGUGGCUUGACGCUUUUGGAGCCAUUGUACUCUCCAUCUAUAUCAUAGCUGAAUGGACCGGCACUUGUUUGUAUAACAUACGUCGGUUGACCGGUCAGGCAGCAACCGCAGCAGAUAUUCAGCAAUUGACAUACAUGACCUACCGAUUCUCUAAUCUGAUUCAGCUGAUUGAUACUGUUCGUGCAUAUUAUGUUGGCGAAGGACUCUUCGCUGAAAUCGACAUUGUUCUACCUCCUGACACCCCUCUAUCACAGGCGCACGAUCUGGGCGAAUCUUUGCAAAGUGCGCUGGAGAGGUUAGACACCGUCGAGAGAGCAUUUGUACAUGUUGACUAUAAUGCUGUGCAUGCUAUCGAGCAUCGCCAUAUAUAAUUCGGAUGAUACCAUUUAUUACCCG